AUGCCUCCCGACCUCGAAGCAUCGAGGUUCUGCAAUCUUCACCCGAGCUUCCUCAACUAUGUCAGUCCCACACUUGCUGUCCACAUCAGCAAUAACUUGCCCCAGAAGUUCUUCGACCCAGGUGAGCCGGUCAAUCUUCAAUUCCCGACUCAAUUCGAGAGUGGACUUAAGCGUGAGCUGUAUAUGAUCGCCAACCCAGCGAUGGUCUUUGAACCCCUGGGAAAUUUGCUCGCGCAGGAUGUGAUGGAUGUCCAGGAAUAUCUGGCAGAGAAACACAACCACAGGCAGAUCUGCCGUGUCCCGAAUGCUUCGCGAAGACCUCGCUUCAGUUCAUCGAAGCCGGGCAUGCUUCCGUGA